CUCCCAUCUCCAAAAUCGGUGAACGGCGGACGCAUAUACACCAACCACCGCAUCUUGGAAACUGUACCCCUAUUGAAUCCGGAAUUCCAAGGAGCAGGUUUCCCAACUCGCAAAAAAUUGGAUAUUUCGCGCUGGAACCAGAAACCUCUACCCAGGGAAGAUCACCGCCGUGGGAUCGCCGGUAUUCGGGUCAGCACUACCACAGGGCGCCGGCAUAACCAAUCCUCGCGACGUCAGAAAUGCCUACUACUAUGGCACUCGCAAGCAGUUCCAACAUGUGUCGCGGUGUCACUAUGGCAUCUCCACGUCAUUUUAAGCUUCGAGGGAGCGGCUGGCGAAGCUUAACGCAGGGACACUCUGCGCCCCUUCCGCACGCCGAAGGCAAGGCGCCCAGCGCAUGCUCCACUCGCUGCCAAUUUUCCAAACGGGAAUAUGAGUUCUCCAAGCCGUCCCUUUCAGUGAUCCCUAGCAGGCAAAGUCCUAUCAAACCCCCUCCACGGAUAGGAACACCCACCACCCACGCCCGGCGCGUCUACAGCACCACCACCACCACCCCUACCGCCGUCAAACCCCAACGCCCCCUCCCCGCCUCCUACUACCGCGGCGGCACCUCCCGCGCGCCCAUAAUCCACCUCUCCUCCCUCCCCCCCACCCGCAGCUCCUGGCCCCCCCUCUUCCGCACCAUCCUCGGCUCCCCCGACCCCUUCGGUCGACAACUCAACGGUCUCGGCGGUGGGAUCUCUUCGUUGUCUAAAUUAUGUGUUGUUGGACCUUCCGAGAGGGAGGGGGUGGAUGUGGAGUUUACGUUUGUGCAGAUGGGGAUUAGGGAUGGGGUCGUGGAUUAUAGGGGGAGUUGUGGGAAUAUGACGGCGGGGGUGGCGGCGUUUGCGGUGGAUGAGGGGUUGGUUGGGUUGCCUACUUCUGGAGAGGGAGAGGGGGAGGCGACGGUGAGGAUUUAUAAUACAAACACUGAUAAACUCAUCGAAGCCACCGUCCCCCUCAUCGCGGGUGAAGCAGCCGCGAUGGGCGAUUUCGCCAUCUCCGGCGUCCCCGGCACAGGGGCGUGCAUCAAGCUCGCCUUCCUCGACCCAGCGGGCUCGGUGACGGGGAAGUUGUUACCGACGGGGUCGGGGACGGAUGUAUUUGACGGCGUCGAGGUGACGUGUAUCGAUGCGUCGAAUCCGUGUGUUUUCAUCGCUGCCGAGAGUAUGGGUGUCCCUGGCACUAUCUCACCAGCUGAGAUGAGCUCGCAUCCGGAUUUACUGAGGAGGUUGGAGUCAAUACGGUGCCAGGCGGCGGUGAAGAUGGGGAUGUGUAGCACAGUCGAGGAGACGCCGGCGGGGGUGCCGAAGAUUGCUCUCGUCUCCCCCCCUCCUCCCUCCCCGACAGCAGCGGGGGAAGAGGACAGCGGGGUGGAUAUUGUAGUCCGUGCUGUGUCGACGGGGGAUCCGCAUGGGGCGGUGCCGAUUAGUGUUGGGGUGUCUGUGGCGGCAGCGGCGGGGGUGGAGGGGUCGGUUGUGCAGAGGGUUAUGGGGGAGAGAGGGGGGGAAGGGUGUGUGGUGGCGCAUCCGAGUGGGAGGAUGGUGGUUGAUGCGAAGUUUGUGGGGGGGAGGUUGGAGAGGGCGGUGGUGUUUAGGACGGCGAGGAGGAUUAUGAGGGGGUGGGUUUAUGUUUAG